AUGGAAAAAUCACCUUCCAAACCCCCGGGCUCGUCUCCAGCAAUUAGUUCUCCUUCACUGCUGCGAGACCCGCGACUCAGAGGGAAACGCAAACCGGUGCAUGCGGCUGAGGAUGUUGGCGCUGUCAUGGACCGGGCUUCGGCCAGCAAGACGACACCUACAGCCUCGACAAGUACCCGGCCGAGCUCGGUCAGUACGCUGCGCAAUCCUCCUACCAUGCCGUCCGAACAAUCUGAAGUCGAAAAUGCCUUCUUCUCCCAUGUCACAGCCGCCAUUGAAACCGAUUUCUGGAGGCGCAGAAGCGAGUACCUUUCCUCCCAAGGCAAGGCUGCUCAACGAGAGCUCGAAAGGGAACAAGGAAUGGAGAAUCCGUUCCCCGACCUUAUUAAAGAGGCUGAACAGAAGACGCGUCGGUUUCAGUAUGAACAUAGCAUUGCCAAAAAGCAGGAAACCGGUUGCCAGGAGAAGACACAGAAAUCCGGAGGCAGCUUCAUACGACUCUUGCUAGAGAUCGUCAAUGCUAAGGAUGACCAAAUCAAGACAUUAACUGAUCAAGUUGGGGCUAUUCAACAAGAACUGGAAGGUCUCCGCUCGCAACAAAUGGAGCAGGACGAGCGGUCGAAAGCCAGUAUGCAAAGGCUAGAAGAAUUCCAACCCCAGCAAUUGUCGGUAGACCAGUGCCUGAAGAAAUUCGACGAUAAACUGAACAAUAUAGACUCCAAAGUGGAAAGGCAUGAUGCGAAACACACGGAAGCAGAUCGAAGCAUCCGAAACCUCGAAAAGACGCAGUCUCAACACCGUGCCGACCUUGAAGGUAUCAAAGCAUACUCAGAGACACUGGGGACCAACCAGGAUACCCUGCGGGAGUCAAUGAAUGGUCUACAACAGAGUUCAACAUCCAUGGAUGAGCGCAUCCAAGAACUGGCAAGUAUACCGGCAGCGUUAGCAAGGGUGAACGAAGAAGAGAUCCAGAAGGUCCAAACACAGUUGAAGGUAACACAGAAGCAGGUCUUAGACCAGACUGAACGAACUCGGCAGAGUCUCAAUGUCAAACUCGAGGCCAUGCAAGAAGAGUGGAAAACGAAAUAUGGCAAGUUCCAUCCACAGUCCGAGUCGCUCUCUUCUACGAUCGAGCAAGUUCUCGCCACGAAAUGUGAUGGUCUAGGGUCAGACCUGGAGUCGCUCUCUCGUCGGGUUUCAACGCUCGAGGAAGCUGUCAAAACAUCUGAUGCUGCCACCGCGGCCAACCACGCACAAGUCGAGACCGUUCAAAAGGAGAUCGCUUCUUUGGCGAAAGAAGUUUUUGGACAACUAUCAACGCUUAAAGCAACCACAGCUGGACUGGAUACCGCAAGAAUGGCCGAAGACGUGAAAAUCCUACGGAUGCAACUGGCCAAACAGGCGAACAAGCAACAAGACCUGGCAGAAUCCUUCGGUCAAGAGAUACAAUCACUGAACGAUCGGUUGCCCAAGGCCGACAUGGGUGACCAUGACCUAGCUAACAUGGCGGCACGGGGGUGGGAUGCCUAUGAAACUCUUAAAGCAGAAUUGGCAGGUCUACGUGAAUGGUGUGAGCUAAGGAAUCGAGAUGGUGCCGAUCAAUCUGCCAAGCACGACGAGCAGAUUAAUCAGUUACAGGCAGACCAGGACAAGCUCGCGUAUUUCCAUGGCCGCUUGACAAAACGCCAUGAAAGUCUCUCGCAACAUUUGACAUUUAUUAAGGAGGGUCCUGCCGGCAAACCUGUUCUUGAAUACAACAAGAAGCAGCUCGACGCCUUGAUUGAGCAAGCGAUGGAAAUUCCUGUCAAACGAGACGUUGAGAAUUUAUAUUCUAUGUAUGGGAAUCUGGCGAAACAAGUUCAAAAUGUGACCACCUCGAUUGGUCGAGUCGAAACAGACCUGGCGACUUGCCAAGACUUGGUCAACAGGAAUGCUUAUGCUUCGCAGCGGGUUGAGGAUGAGACUACGAGUCGUCCUACGGUGCUCCAAAUCUCAAGCAGUGACGAUGACCACCGGGAGGAAGAAAUCCCGGAAACGACGAAGAAAACAAUAAAAUCACCGCCCAGCUCUGCGUUGAAGAAGCAACCGCUCGGUGGUGAAACUCGUCCGCCUACAAGUAGCUUAAAACGCAAGCGCUCACAGAGAGAAGAAUUGUCUACCAACCCCCCGGAUGAUAUCGAUGACGAGCCUCUUGCGCCCCGCAGGCGAAAAGCUCGACGUUAG